AUGGCCUGGAGCCAAGGCGCUGAGGCGGGGUUCUCACGCCGGGGGCGGAGCUUUGGGCUGAAGGGCGUGGCCGGCCCGAAGGUGGCGUCGCUGUCCGGGAGCCGCCGGGUCCGCCGGCUGCCCUCGCUGGGCCGCGUAGCGGUGGUGGUGGACCAGGGCUCGGGCUUCACCAAGGCGGGCUUCGCGGGCAAGGAGCAGCCGCGCCUGGUACUGAAGAGCUCCAGCCUGGUGCCCAGCUGGGACCGGCCCGUGCUGCCCGGGGCGCCCGGCUAUGAGCUGGCGGGCGGCGUGGCGCGGGCGCACCCCAUCAAGCACGGCGUGGUGGUGGACUGGGAGGCGCUGGAGGGGCUGUGGGAGCGCCUGCUGGUGGGCGGCCUGCGGGUGUGCCCAGAGCAGUGGCCGGUGCUGGUGAGCGACUCGCCGUCGGCUCCGCCCGCGGGCCGCGAGAGGUUGGCCGAGCUGCUGCUGUUCGAGGCCCUGGCAGUGCCCGCGUGCCACAUAGCCAGCACCGCGUUGCUGGCGCUCUACUCUGUCGGCGCGUUCAGCGGGCUGGCCUUGGAGGCGGGCGCUGGCGUGUGCCACGCCACACCCAUCUAUGCGGGCCACUCGUGGCACGAGACCACCUUCCGGCUGGACGUGGCAGGCAGUACUCUGUCGCGCUACCUGCGGGACCUGCUGGUGGCAGCCUGCCCCGAUCAACGACUGCAUGCCCUGCCCCGCAAGGUCAUCACACAGCUCAAGAAGCGCUGCUGCUAUGUGUCGCUGGACUUCGAGGGUGACCUCCGUAACCCUGCCCGCCACCAUCCUGUCAGUUUCUACUUAGGCAAUGGGUGCUCUGUCUGCCUCAGCAGUGAGCGCUUCCGCUGCCCGGAACCUAUCUUCCAGCCGGGUCUGCUAGGCCAGGCUGAGCCGGGACUGCCCACCCUGGCCUUCCGGGCACUGCGGAGGACGCCCGCAACACUACGGACACGGCUGGCCAACACCGUGGUGCUGGCCGGUGGCUCCACGCUUUUCCCUGGCUUCACUGAGCGCCUGGAGAUGGAGCUGGAAGCCCAGUGCCGGCGGCAUGGUUAUGGGGCACUGCAGCCUCGCCUGGUGGCCAAACCCGGGCGUGGCCCAGCAGUGUGGACAGGCAGCUCCAUGGUGGCCUCACUGCGUUCCUUCCAAUGCCACUGGAUGACCCGGGCCAUGUACCAGGAAUGUGGCUCCAGGCUGGUGCAUGAAGUGUUCAACUGACUCAUGUUGGACUGGGG